GGUGUGUAAUGGAUGACUGACGCACAAUGUCAUGUUCUUUUUUAUUUAUAAAGUAAGUAGGCAUGGCGUGAGAAGAAAGGAAAACAAAGAAUUUAUCAAUAAUGUUAAGUUGCGGUGAAGAGAAAUAUUAUGCUUUGUAUAGAAUCGGCAAGGUACGAAGUGAGGUGGCGAUGCAUUACUUUCAAGGAAAAACGAAACCUCUAAAAACAUAUUAUGGUUGUCAAAAUCAUCAUCCUUUAUGGUAUAUCCCUCCUGUUGAUCUUACGCCAAGACUUUAUACUUGUCCAAAAAAGGAUAGAAUUAAGACAAACGUUGCCAAAAAGAAAAAGGAAAUUGAAUUUUUAUUGCCUAAAUUUUGUCUACCUAAACUUUGUCAAGUAAACUCUGAAAAAAGUAACAAGAUGAUAACGCAUUUUCGUGCCUUAACUGCAAAUACUGACAGGAGAAGUACUUUAAAGACAGGUUAUCAUGAAAAACAACGCUAUUCACAACCAAGACCUCGUCACUUUGGAGAUGACAUCCAUAGACCUCUUGACGACAACAAACUCCACAACAAGGAAGAAAUUCAAGUAAAACACAAGCAGGAUUCUUUCAAUGAAAAGUUCAAAAAUGAAGACUUGAAAUACAAGGAUGAACAGUUAUCGCUGAAAGCAAACCACGGUACCACAUUGUCAAAGAAGAUUGAUUGUCAAAUGGACGUACCUUUAAAAUUUGACUCGAAGUUGUAUUUACCGAAAACAGUAGAACUAUGCAAAACCGUCAGAAGAUAAUUUCUACAAGAUUGUUGAAAAAUCUCUUGAUUGGAUACCAAGUAAAACUGGAACGUUAGAUCGUCCAUUUAUAAAUGAUAACACGACACGUGAUUGGUUAGAAGUAACGAGAGCAGGACCAAGACAUUACAGAAUUGAUUAAACACGCAGUCAUACAAGUAGAAUAUAGUUUAGUAAUUUCAGUCGCUUUUACGAACUAUAAUUUUACUGGAAAAACAGGAAGAGUUGAUCGAAGAAACAUCUUAAUUAUUACACAUGUUUACAUGACCUGCGUAGAUCGCAUGGAAGUGGAGCUACUAGACUUCAGACAAUCUGUAUUUUUCAUACUUUAAUCUAACGUAACAAUUUAUUGAAUAAACUAAAGUGACAGCAAUAUUGCAACGUUAACUGGUUGUACUUGUCAACAUAAGUUUCAAAAAUGAUCUUGAUUCAUUUUUCAGAUCACUGCUUGAAACAUUAGCUGCAGCAUGGUUGCUUUCUCUUUAAUUGCAGACCAGUGCAUAGCAGAAUUCUAGGUAUUGUCGCAAAUGGUAUACAAUACUUUUUUUGAUUUUGCAAUCUUGCAGCAUCUUGUACACCUAUUUCUUCAUAGUUUAUUAUUACCUUUUUACCUUAUUUUUUUAUAACAACAUAAUAUAAUAUAUGUCACAGAAUAUAAAAUAACAAAUAUUA